AUGAAACGAAGGGAAUCUAACGAUAACCGACGGGUUGCCAAAAAUCCAGAACGGAGCUCCUCCAAUUGGAAAAGCAGGGAUGGUUCUAAUACGAAAGAAAGUGAUAAAAUAAAUAGAGGAAAUGUGCGCAAAAACGAAGAAAAGAGAAGUAAAAACGGCAAUUUCAAAGAGAAGCAAUCAUUUUCACGCGAGAAUAAUAAUGCAAGUGGAAGCCGAAGUCAUGGUGGCCGAAGAGAAGUAAUAAUGGGUUUCAAAAUGACUCAAGAACUUUUAGAAAAUGAUGAUAUUGAAGAUGUAAUAUUUAGACUAAGCAACAAUGAAAAAUCAUUUAAAAACCUGUUAGAUGAUUAUAAAAUGCAACCGGAUAUUAUUGUUUUGAUUGCAAAAUUAAUAGCGAAAAUAAGCGAAUCAGAUUUUAAUACCGGUAAAACACAUCUGCUAAACGUCGUAUUAUCCAGUAAUUUUUUGGAAAUAUUAAUCAAGUUUAUUUCGACUGUAGCUGUCCAGAACGAAAAAGAGAAAAUUCGUAAUAAAUAUUUGUGGAAGGAUACCGACGAUUUCUUCUUGAAUGUGAUAUCUAUAUCAAAAGUAUUUAACAAUUUGUUACCAUCUAAUUCUUGCGAAAUGAAUCAUAAAGUUUUAAGAACAUUGAAAUUAAAUUUAACAAUUAUCGAAGAGGCUCAUAAUAUCCACAUUUCCGAUGAUAUUAAGAACCAAAUAGAACAGUUGCUCGGCGUUGUUGAAAAAAUCAUGGAAGAAAUCGAACAAAAGAAAAAUACUAAACAGUAUGUAAAGAAGGUUGCCGUAACCGAUGAUCUUUUGGAACCGCCUGAUGAUUUUCGAUCUAUAGAUGUUUUUCCAAAUGCUGCAGAGAUUGCUAACAGGCAAACGGCAUUUCUGAGGACCAACGUUAUUGCUGGACCAUACAAAGAUGUUGAACAUUAUUUAGAUAUUCAGUUCAGGCUUUACAGGGAGGAUUUUGUCAUACCGUUAAGAUACGAUAUAUGCAAUUACAUAAACGACAAUCGCUGCAAAUUGGAAAACACGAAGAUCUACAAAGGCGUGAAGUUUAUAAUUAAACAAAUGCGAGGCGACAGUAAUGUUUAUGUUGUACAAUACGAUUUCAGUAAAACGAAAAAAUCAUUCCAGUACGAAAAUUCCAAACGAUUUAUGUACGGUUCUUUGCUAUCCUUUACACAAGACGGUUUCAAGACGAUGUUUUUCGGAACUGUCGCGGGAAGGGAUUUGAAGUUACUAGAAAAUGGUCAAAUCCUAGUGAAGAUAGUAACCCCUAAUUUCGACUUACCUGCUGAUCUUUUCCAAUUGGGGUAUAUAAUGGUGGAAAGCACGGUAUUCUUCGAGCCUUACUUGCAAAUUCUUAACUGUUUAAAGCAAUUAUCUUCUGACAAUUUUCCCAUGGAAAGAUACAUUAUAAAUGUGGAAACAUCUUCCGGACGCCCGAAAUAUUUACUGGACAACGCACAUAUGCCUUUUAAUGUAGAUGGUUCUACCUUUUCGCCUUUGCAAUGGAAUAGGCACUUUCCAGAUUUAAAUCAAGCCCAAAACGCUGCUUUCGAGGCUGCUAUUACAGACGAGUUCGUUUUAAUACAGGGACCUCCGGGUACCGGUAAAACUUUUUUGGGAUUGAAAAUAGCUAAAACAUUGCUCGAAAACAGUCACAUUUGGUACCGAAAAACACCUAUGUUGAUUAUUUGUUAUACUAACCAUGCAUUGGAUCAAUUCUUGGAAGGGUUGCUGGAUACUACAAAAGAGUUAAUAAGAGUCGGUAAACAAUCAAAAAAUGAGAAAUUGGAACCAUUUAAUAUACAUAACUUCAGAAGAAACCGCAGGAAACCUGACAUUAUACAACAUUUAAGAGCAGAAGAAAGGAAGAUGUUUUCAAUAUUAGAAAAUAUCAACACAAACCUUAUGCACAUUGAGAGUUAUUCAAGUAUUUUGAAUUUCAAUUUGUUCGAAGCUAUUACUGGUAAUUUCCGUGAUAGUUGGUUCGCUGAAGCGUCGAAUGAAAAUAUUUUAGAUUGGCUCUUACAAUAUCAAAUCAAUUACAAAAUAAACACAACGAACAACGCAUCUGAACAAUUAACUGAGGUACCUCCAAAUGACGAUGCACCACUACCUAUUGAAUUGGAUGAAAAUAAGGAUGAAAACGAAGAGUUAUUUCAGGCUAACAAUGAAAGUUAUCUAACGGAUGAUGAUGAUAAUAUUACAGUUAUUAGCAUUGAAUCACUGUUACAAAAGAAAUGUCUUCUUGAACGAGAAUUAAGAAAAGUUCUUUCCAACGACUAUUGUUAUGAAUACGACAAUGGACUUGAAGAAUAUCUUUUGAAUGUAGACCUAUAUAAUACAACAAAUUGUUUGGAGGAACUUUCAUUUAGAAUGCAAGAGAGAAGACAGUUGGGAGAGGCAACAAAUCCUCCCACAUAUGUAAACCUACAAAACCCCCACUUAAUGUCUAUGGAUCAAAGAUGGCAGUUAUAUUUCCAUUGGCUUUUUUUGUUAAAAAGGUCUUACUAUAGUAAAAGAGAACGUUUGGGUGCUAGGUAUAAAGACAUUUACAUUGAAUUAAAGGAGUAUGAAGCUAUGGAAGACGCGCAAAUAAUGAAAGAGGCCAAAGUAAUUGGAAUGACAACCACAUGCGCUGCUCGUCUUAAAUCCUCCUUACAAGUCAUCAAAAGUCCCAUAGUAAUCGUCGAAGAGGCUGCUGAAAUUCUGGAAUCGCACGUUGUGACUUCCCUAACGCAGCAUUGCGAGCAUUUGAUCCUCAUCGGCGAUCACCAGCAAUUGAAACCCAGUACUGCCACGUACAAAAUCGAAACCACGUACCGAUUGGACGUUAGUCUCUUCGAGCGGAUGAUCAUGAACGGCAUGAAGUGUCAUACUUUAGACGUGCAACACAGAAUGAGACCGGAGAUAGCGAAUUUGAUUCGAACUAAUAUUUACAAAACAAUUAAUGAUCAUUCCAGCGUUUUAAACAGGGAACAUAUUCGAGGGAUAAAUUGCGAUUUGUUCUUCAUUGAUCACACCGAGAAGGAGGUGUGCUGCGAUAAUGGAAGUAAGAAGAACGUCCACGAGGCAAAGUUUCUGAUUCAAUUAGCUUCGUAUUUGGUUUUGAACGGGUAUCGGCCCGAUCAGAUUAUUCUAUUAGCUGCGUAUUUGGGUCAGAUGUAUGAAAUGCAGAGAGAAAGAAGAAACUACAGGUCGACUUUAGAAAACGUGAGAAUAGCUGUAUUAGAUAAUUACCAAGGAGAAGAAUGUGACAUCGUGUUAUUGUCGUUAGUUCGAAGCAAUGCUGAAAAUAAAAUCGGUUUUUUAAAUAAGGAAAAUCGCGUUUGCGUUGCUCUAUCUCGAGCUAGGAAUGGUUUCUAUAUUAUGGGUAACAUGAAGCAAUUGUGUGCCAAAAGCAAGAUAUGGACCAAAAUCGAACAUACGUUAAUAAAUCAAGAAGCCAUCGGAAAGCAACUGAUGUUGCGUUGCCAAGUGCACAAUAAAAUGACGGCCGUCUCAAAGUUUGAAGAUUUUUUUCGUUUGAGCGAAGGAGGUUGUGAUUUGCCAUGUGGCAAAGAUUUAAAUUGCGGGCAUACAUGUACGAGAUUGUGUCACAGUUUAGACAGAGAGCAUGCGGAAUAUAAAUGCUUGGUAAAAUGUAACAAACCUUUGUGUGAAAACGAGCAACAUUUAUGCAAGAAAGUGUGUUACAAAAUUUGCGGACCUUGCACAUACCUCGUUGAGAGAACUCUGCAAUGCGGACACCACGUCAAUAUUGCAUGUUCCUUGGAUCCGGAAGCCUACAAUUGUACCGAGAAGGUGGAAGUGACUUUAAACUGUGGUCACAAAGUAGCAAAACCUUGUUUCGUGAAGGUAGAAAACUUUGCUUGUCCUGUCGUUUGCGACACCAGAGUGGAACCUUGCGGUCAUUCGUGUAUAAAAAAAUGCCAUGUUAAUAAUGAUCCUGACCAUUUGGAGUACAAAUGCAAAAAAAUAUGCGGCAGGCAAAGAAAGGGUUGUACAGACAGUGAGCAUGAACCUUGUAACAAACUUUGUUACGAAGACUGUGCCAAAUGCGCUGUCUCGGUACUGAAAAAACGAACAGCAUGUGAUCACAUGUUCCGCAUAGCUUGUAGUGCCAAUCCAGAUGAUAUAGAUUGCGAAAAACCGUGUAAGAGAAUUUUGCCAUGUAAUCACCAGUGCCCUAGGAAGUGCAACGAACCCUGCGGAAAUUGUCAAAAGAAAGUGGAAAAAAUAAUACCGGAAUGUAAUCAUACAAUUUUAACGAAAUGCAGCGAGGUGCCGACCAGAAAUAAAUGCACAAAGAAUUGUCAACGUUUAUUAAAGUGCGGACAUAAAUGCAACAAAAAAUGUAAUGAAACCUGCAAUAAGCAGUGCGAGGAAAUAGUAGAUUGUUCUAUAAAUAGCCCUUGCGGACACACGAUUAACAAGAUUUACUGUUAUAUAUCUGGCAAAUCGGGAAACAUCGAUGAACUGUUAAUGCGCCACUGCUUAGAGAAAUGCGGUGCUCAAUUGGAAUGCGGUCAUCGUUGCACCGGGACGUGCGGCGCCUGUUACCAAGGUCGUUAUCACGUACGAUGUCAGGAAAAAUGUGGAGUUAUUCUCGUUUGCAACCACGAAUGCGGGAUACCUUGUAGGGAGGCAUGUAGGCCUUGCAACAAACCUUGCGAAUACAUAUGCAAACACAGCAAGUGCAAGAAAACCUGCGGGAAUCCUUGCACAAUGUGCAAAGAAAAUUGCCCAAGACAAUGCGCCCAUCAGAAGUGCAAAAGAAAAUGCGGUCAAUUAUGCGACGUUCCUCCCUGUACGAAACCUUGCGCCAAAAAAAUCAAAUGUGGACACCCGUGUGUCGGGUUUUGCGGAGAUCCUUGUCCACAAUUGUGUCGCAUAUGCGAUAAAGAGCAACUUACUGAAACGUUUUUUGGCACUGAAGCAGACGAAGAUGCUAGAUUCGUUUUAUUGGAAGAUUGCGGCCACAUAUUAGAAUCAGAAGGAAUGGAAUAUUGGUUGAAACAAGGAGACUCUGGAUACGAAGAUACAAUAAUAAAACCCAUAGAAUGUCCCAAAUGCAAAACAACUAUUAGAAAAUCAAGUCGAUACAGCGAUUAUGUUAAAGAAAACAUGCAAGAUUUAUUAAAAGUUAAGAGCAGUUUUUAUGGAACAGAAGAAGAAAUCGGUCGUUUAAGUAUGAAGUUGGAGGUAGAAUUAACAACGAAUCUCACCAAACUUUCGUACAGUAUUGGCUCUAAAGUUCCGAUCUUGGAAAGUUUCUUUAAAACAGCUAAAAAUAGAUUAGCACCAAUUUGUAGAAUCCAAAAUUUUGGGAGCAAAGUAACCGAUAGCCGCAGGAACACAAUCAAUAAAAUGAAUUUGAAUGAUAUUCGAAUUAAAAUGGAUUUGAUAAAAUUGAUGUUGGAUUCUGUUAGCAAAUUUAAUGAGAUGAAUAACAAAGAGUCAUCGAUUGACCAAAUGGAUUUCAUUGGAAACUUGAUUGUUGGUAACGGUGUCGAUUCAAUUACACAACAAGAAAUAACUGACAUCAAAUUGGAAAUAAAUCGUUUGAAUAGACUUGUCCAAUUGAACAGUAUUCCUAAUUAUUCAACUGUUGUAAACAAGAAAGAAGAAGUGAAAAAUCUUAUAUUAAAGAAAUGCAGAUAUGAUGACAAUCUUGACAAGUCGAUUAAGGAAAAGUUAGAGGAACUUAAAAAAAGUACAUCUUCGCCAAUCAAUAUUACAGAUGUAGAAAAAAAGGAAAUCGUUCAAGCUUUAGGCUUGACACCAGGUCAUUGGUUUAAGUGUCCCAAUGGACAUCCUUAUAUUAUUACAGAAUGUGGAGGAGCUAUGCAAACGUCUAGGUGUAACGAAUGUCAAGCACCAAUAGGUGGAAGUAACCACACUUUAUUAGCCACUAACGCUUUAGCCUCUGAAAUGGAUGGAUCUAGACAUGCCGCCUGGUCAGACACUGCCAAUAUGGCCAAUUAUAGGUUAUAA